AUGUCGUUUGAAACAGAAUCUAUUUCAGAACUGAACUUCAAUCAUAGCUACAUCAGCGGUCUGCUCGACUUUUUCAAAAUCAAGUUGCAGUCGUCGCCGCACGUGAAAGAAAAGUGUCGUAUUGAGACAGAUAAGUCGGAGGACCUUGCAAUUAGUAUGACAGUAUCAGCAUCGUUUGCCUUUUCAUGGAAUCGAACGAAUGAUCCACGUGAAGUAGCGAUAUCGGAGAAUCCUCGAGCAUGGAGAUCAUUGGAGUCCCAGCAGCUGACUGAGACUAAUAACCAAAGUCGCCGAAUCAGAAAUAAGCUCUUUGGCGAAAACCACCCUAUUCCAUUGCUGGGUAGCUCCACUUCUCCUUUGGAUAAAAUGGAUCUUACAUCAGCUGGCCACAGCUGCGUGAAGAAACCGCGAUUGCUGCUCAGCAAGCGAGUUGCAAUCCUUGUGCAAGUCUGUUCCAACUCUAGAGAGUUGCACAAGGACAUUAUGGGAUCCGAGUUGUCGCCUCCUAUGCCACUUAUAUUUUCACCAUCUAAGGUACUAAACACACCAAGUGCCGGUCAAUGCGGAGAGGCUGCUCAAACACAGCUCUUGUCAACCGUUCCGGAGCUCAGACUUAGAGGGAUUCGGCGGAUUGUGUUAGAGUUGUUCAAUGAUGGCGAAAACGAACAAGAUAAAGAUGGUGGUGAAAAUGAAGAAUACAGUCGCAGGCUUAGUGACAAUGUAGGUGCUGCAAUGACGAGCAUCUCUUCAAUUCAGCAUGGUGCACCGUUGGGGGAACUUGUGUCUAUUUUGGCGACAAGUAUGUCGCAACUUUACAGUAUCAACUCUAUGUCGUUAUCGCGGGUUAAAUUUGUAAAAGCGUUGAGAGAACGGUGGCUUAAACAGGAACUACUUCCGUUCAUGAGCACCAGCACAGAUGAAGGUGGCGGAGCAAGCAACAGCACGUUAAUGAUCACAAAAAGUCUAAAGCAGCAGCUCCAAGUUGCAUUUGAAAUGGCGUUGGAUGCGUGUUGGAAACUUGUGCGCUUACUUGAAGCAGUAGAAGCGUUGGUUACAAAGGCAAUGGCUUUACUGCACUACUUUCUGGCCUCAAACGAGGAACAGAGACAUUUGCCCUUGUAA